CAGUAAGUAACAGAGUAGACGGAUUGCGCCAUAAUUGCCGAUGAAGACAGACUCCUUCUUGGUUGCAGACUGGUUCUGGUACAGUCUGAGUAUUACAUCACACAACGACAUUAUCCACGAACAUUGCAAGCAUGGUGCGACUUUUACGUUUGAGCGCGAGAAGUUUGCCAUUUUUGGCUGUACAGCCCCAGGAACACCAGCCCCCUAGUCCUAAUCCGUCCGUCCAGCCCCCUAGUCCUAAUCUCCGUCCGUUCAGUACAACGGCAUCCACAGGAUCUUCCACAUCAGUGCAACUUUCAGAUUUCUCGCGGCACCCCUUUGCACCAACCAUGACCUCCAGUACUGACUCGUCUAACCCGGAAAUAAAUCCUUCUGCGCCUGGAGAAGCUGCUGGAUCUGCGAAUAAAUCGACAAGAACUACUGCUGGUGCCAACAACGACGAACAAAACAUGGUGCAGAUUCGGAACUUCGGCGUUGAAAGGCUCACGAUUUACGUGCUGGGCGGCUCUCAGUUCGCCGCGAAAACGCUCGCGGGGUUGCAAUCCCGGAAAUUGCCUCACUUCGUCGACCACGUUAGUGUGAUUCCCAGUCGGCGAAAAUUGCCCUCUGGCGGCCUCCUGACCCCGGAGAUGGUGAUCAAAUUUACGGAAAAUGGAAAACCAGACGAAAUCGUGCCGGAUUCGGACAAGAUUUUCCAACGAUUAGACGAAAUUUUCUCCCACGCCGGCACAUCUGCUCUUCCAGUAACAACCAGGAGUGAAGAAACAAUCGAGAAAAUAAAGAUUUCUCCCUUUUUCCCAGAUGCGGCCGCGGAUUUCAAAUUUAGCGAAAUCAAGAUUGGAAAAGAGUUGAACUCCUUUUUACUCUACUACAACUGGAUUUACCCGCCGAGUUACGAGCGGUCCAUGAAGAAGAAAUUCAAAGACAACCUGCCCGGCUUCAUCUUCGCUUUUCGGGGAAGUGCCGUGGACUACCUGACGAAUUCUAUGGCGUGCUCGGAUGUUACAAUCUCAAACGUUACAAUAGAAUCUGGAAUUUGUCUUGCGUGAACAGCAUGAGUACCAUACAGGGACUUGGGCUUUUCGCAAUACAAAUUUCGUCAGAUGAUUCUCCUGGGGUUUGGAGCUCCGAAACUUGUCAUGCGCGCUCCUUUGGAAGUAGGCCAGAUGUUACGGAUUUUGCAAGACAAAUUCCAAAUUCUAUUGUAACGUUUGAGAUUGUAACACCUGAGCGGGUUAUAAAGUCGCAGCGGGCGAGUUUUCUAGCUUCGAUCCAACGGGACCUAGCGGAGUACGACAGUGAUUUGCAGCUCUGCGCCUGCCAAACCAUGGCGGAAGCGGGGUCGCCGGAGGUAGAAGAGCGGGUGCGCCGACGGCUGAUCGAGUUUUUGGGAACGGGGUUGAAAGACCUUUACACAGCGCCAACGCCUCCUGAGUCACUGACCGGCGCACAGUGCGGUCUCUACGCCAUGAUGGAGCGGUUGGCCGGAAUCGGGUUCAUUGGCGAUAUCGAGAUGCCGCCCGCGCUGCCCGAGCUGCAGGACGAGAAAAGCUUGAAGCCGCUGUCCCUGUGGUUGAGUAAAGUGCGUGAAACGGUGCCUAUUCUGUACAAGGGGAAACGGUUUAAGCCGGAGAAACGAGGUGGUGGUGCGAACUUGUGAUUGUGUUGUCGUAUGAUCAUGCAUGUUUUAGAUCCUCUGUUUUUUGUGAUUAAUACAGAUCAUGUUGCCCGUAGUGCUGGUGUCCACGACAAUUUUAUUUUGUUGAGGAGUGGUUCAUUCGAGUCUCGGAUUGACAUAGAUCUUGUGCAGCUUCCACGAAGACGGUUGUAAAAUAAAUAGGGACAGGUAAAAAUAAACGAUAGACAAGACAGU